AUGUCAGAUGUUUGGGCAACCAUCUUUUCUAUUGCCAGAUCGAGACCUACAAUGGCGUCGAAAAAACGAAAAGUAGCGUCGGAGGACGACGACAUGGAUGAUGAAGAACCUAGUGAAAAGCCCAAAGCCAAAAUUACAUUGGAUCCAAAUGAUUACUCGCUUCAAUUCUUCUGCAAUCUCGCUUGUUGGUAUCAACCUUUGGAAAAGACGACCAAAGCCAUGCCCUGGAUUGACAAAAAGAGCUGGACUAAGAGUUUCAGUCAGAAGUUCCUCCACUACGAAACUGAAGAAGAUUUUAUUGAUCUUCGAAAUCCCUUCACUAAAGAGUCGGAAUUCAGCUUUCAAAAUGAGCUCGUAGCCAAGGUGAAAAAGAGGAAAGAGGGGCGGAAGAAAACAAGAAAACAGUACUCAAAAGAUGAUGGUGUGGACUUGACCAAUCCCUUGGGUCAAGCCCAAGAACCUGAAGAAGACGAUGACGUGGAGUCUGAUGAGGACGACUUCCUAGAUUCAUAUGGAAAUGUGAUUGACCCUUCUCAGGGUUCGCAAAGUUGGAAAACGAGUGGUAAGUUUGAGGAUGCUAAUAAACAGUGUGCAUUGCCAAGCUCAGCAUCACGAUUGAGUCCAGAAAAAGCGAAUGUCAGAUCUAUGGCUCCUGAUAAAUCUUCGGUUCAAGAAAAGAAAAAGACGAUGUACCCUCCACCGGAAUAUAAAGAUUUGGACAAUAUGGUGGAUUCAGCUGACUCCUCAACAAAAAGCUCAUUAAUACUGAAUCAUAAUGAUUUUGAUUUUCAAUUAUUGGAGCCCAAGCACAGUAUUUUGGAUCAGAGUGAACAGAUGACACUUCUCAAACUCAUGGAAAAAUUCCUCUCCCCUAAUUUCGAUGGUGCAACCAUGAACGACUCGGCUCAUCAAGAAAAUCAACUCUAUCAAAGCUUAAGAUUACUUAUCAAGGAAGAGCAAGAGGAAUUCCAAUCUUUUACCCGAUCUUUGUUCUUCAAAGAAGAGUUCUUGAAGCGAUUAUCCGUACUAAAGCCGGAUGUUAGGCGAUACGUCGAGGAAUGCUAUGAACAUCGUUUGAAUUUGGUUCAUAAGUACCCUAAAAUCUUUGAGCCGUACGUUCAGGACACGGAUUCCAUGAUAAGAUUACUUCCCCAAGGAACAACAAACCAAUACGAAAUGAGGUUCGAACAGACUUUAGUGGAACUUGGGAACAUCGCAAAGGUUGUCCUUCAAAAUCCCUCGCGCUUAGCUGACCCAAAAAUGCCUAAGAUAUGCGUCUCCACCAAAUAUGAUAUACUGGCUGGGAAAGUCCCACCCAAACCGGCAAGGAUGGGCAUCCAGACAACUUUCAAUAAGCUUCCAGUAAGUCAAGACCCAAAUGCUGAGCUGUUGGCGCAAAAAACUAACCCGUCCAUUGUGAUAUCCAUGAAAGCCUUGAAGUGUCUGUUUGACAAUUUUGGACCUAAAUACGACCGAGUUUGGGAAAUACCUUUUAUUGUACGAGUUUACCCUAACGGAAGUAGAGUUGUCUUUGUGGAUAAACCCUUACCUCCAAAAACUCUCUCUGCUCAAGAUAAAAAUGCCUGGUUUAUAAAAGUUGCCUCCAAGUGUUUCACCCUCCACGGAUGGAACCAAUCCAAAGAAGCGCAAAAUGACCACUACCAGUUGGCGACCGAUUCUACAGAAGAUAUUUUUACUGAUGCCGCCAGCGACGACUUGGAGACUUUCGGUAACUCGGCUAUGAUCAGGAAUACAAAACCAGUUGGAAGUCAAUUAGACGGAGCUGACACAGGAAGUAGUAGCGAAGAUGAAUUACGAAUCAAUGAAUGUGGCACUAACACCGAUUCCGAUGACAAGAUGGACCAAGUUGAGCAGAGUCCCUCACCAAUUAGACGAUCUCGAAGAAUAAGCGCCAAAAACAAACCAGAAGUUUUGGCGCCCAAUCAGAGUAAACCAGUUGAAGACGAGGCAGCGAGCAACCCCUGUAAGGGUGACGAGCGCAUGUCCCAGGAAAAACUUCUUGAAAAAACGACUACUGAACCAAGCACCUUAACAGACAUCUUAAAAAACAUGAAAGCCUAUAAAAAGCGGGCUUCGUCUCAAAAGAAUGUCCUGGGUGACAUAAUGAGCGCACAAACAGAUUUUCUUAGGAAAGACUCAAAAGUCAAAGUUACAGGCGCAACACUCGACAUUGAAGGGUCAAUGCAGGAAUAUAAGGGGGAAUUUUUAAAAAGGACCAACAUUGGACAAGUGCAGGACUAUUGUCCACCUUCGGAUGGGAAAAACGUAAGCUAUCGCCUUUGGAACCUGUGGAACAAGUCUGAUCCUGGCAAAUCCAUCCUCAAGAUAUUGAUUCGGUCGUCUACUCAUGGCGUUCGAAGAGAGCACAGUCCUCUGAUUGGAGUAAAGGGUCCUCUUAUGCAAAGAUAUAGCUUGAGCUCCAAAUUAGAGUAUCAAACUCAGUUUGGGGCGUCCGUCAUGACCCGCAGCGAGAUUGCCAAGGAGUGGAUCGCGACUUUGGCCAGACCAGACUCCGGACUCGUCCGAAUUCGAACCGAUGCAUUAACCUACAACGUGCUCUUGACCGAGAGGAAGCUCCUCAAGCAUCUCACCAAGGAAGGCAUAAGUGUGGAUUUUCGACCCGGGGAGCAACUGGGCGUAUUACACACCAUUUUCAGUUCGUUGAAGGCCAUUGCUGAACCCGGACAGUACCUAAUGAGGCAUGACGGCAAAACGGGUGCCUUUGUCCGAGUGUUCAAGGCAUCCAAGGAAGGCGAAAAUUCUCCACAUUGCUACAAUCUCCAUGAUAACUUUGCUGUUAAAGCCCAUGAAGAUGCUCAACUUAAUGUUCAGUUCAAUCCAAUCGACACUAACAAAGUGACACCUUUGCACUUGCAUCAGAAACGUGUUCCUGGUAUAUUUUCACCUAAACCCGGGUCUUCUAACUCUGGUCGAGGUCGGGGUAAAAAGAAAGGGAGAGGAGGUCCUAGGGGACGAGGCCGUGGUCGAGGUCGCGGAAAGUGAUGAUUUGUCAUUAAUGUGGAACAAUAAAUACUUGAUAUUCGAUCGAUA